GGCAGCGCCCGCGGCGUGAGGUAACGGCGGCGGGGCGAGAUGGCGGCGGCGGGCCGGGUGCUGCCCGCCUCGCCCAACUGGUACUGCAGCCGCUGCAGCGACACCAGCGCCGACGGCCGCUUCUUCGGCUUCGCCGCCAGGCACCGCAUCUGCCUGCUGGAUGUCAGCAGCCCCGCCGCGCCCGCCUUUUACGGCGAGCUGAUCGGGCACACGGACAGGGUGGCCGCCUUCGCCUUCUGCCGGCACCCCGCGCACGGCGGCCUCUGCGCCAGCGGCUCCGACGACGGCAGCGUGCAGGUGUGGGACGCCGACAGCCUGGGCCCGCUGGGAGAGCACGACCUGCACCAGAAUGCAGUUUCAGCGUUGCACUGGUCACCCCUUGUGAAGGAUUUGGUUGUAUCCGGUGAUGAAAAAGGGAUAAUUGUUUGUUACUGGCAUAGCAGAAGCGACAGCCAGCAAUUCUUCCCAGAGCCUCGGACAAUUUUUUGUCUCACUUGUUCUCCUCAUAAUGAAAACCUCGUGGCUGUUGGCUACAAGGAUGGCAUGGUGAUUGUAAUUGACAUCAGCAGGAAAAAAGAAAUUCUUCAUAGGCUAAGAGGCCAUGACGAUGAAAUACAUUGCCUGGCCUGGUGCCCUGUGCCUGGUGAAGAAAGGUUACCUGCUUGGCAAGAUGAACUCCAAGGAGAAGGUGAAGUUCCAAAUGGGGAGCUGAAUCAAGAUACAACUGCAAAGAAAGGUUGUUACCUGGCUUCAGGAAGCAAAGAUCAGACCAUACGAAUAUGGAGCUGUACUAGAGGCAGAAGUGUUAUGACUUUGAAGUUGCCACCCACAAAGAGAAGAGGUGGAGCUAUUGAUCCUGCUGUCAAAGAGCGUAUUUGGCUGACUGUUCACUGGCCUUGUGGUCGUUCCACAGAAAUUGUAUCCAGCUCCUUUGGAGGAGAACUACUGCUCUGGGAUUUGACCCAACCUGGAAAACGCAAGUGGACGCUUUUAGGAUCUUCAGAAGGACAAAAUCACUCCCGUAUUGUGUUCAAUCUGUGUUCCGUGAAGCAUCAAGACAAAGAGCUGAUUUUUUCCAUUUCAAUGGAUAGAGAUGUGAAGUGCUGGGACCUAUCAACUCUUGAUUGUAGCUGGACAAUGCCCUCGCUCGGGGGAUUUGUCUAUAGUCUUGCCUUCUCCCCGGUGGACCCAGGCUGCCUUGCCAUCGGUGUAGGGGACAGCAUGAUCCGUGUCUGGAAUACUUUGUCCAUGAGCAAUAUCUAUGACGUUAAAACCUUCUGGCAAAGCAUAAAAUCCAAAGUUACGGCACUAUCAUGGCAUCCAACUAAGGAAGGUUGCUUGGCUUUUGGAACAGAUGAUGGAAAAGUUGGCAUAUUUGACACCUUUUCCAGCAGUGCUAAGAACAAGCCACCUCAGAUCUCCAGUACUUACCACAAGAAGACUGUGUACACACUAGCCUGGGGGCCUCCGACUCCUCCUCUGUCUUCUGGAGAAGGUGAACAACCCUCUGUAACUUUAUAUAGUUGUGCUGGAGAAGGUAUUGUUUUUCAACACAACCCUUGGAAGCUUAGUGGGGAGGCAAAUGACAUCAACAAGGUCAUCAGAGACACUAAUUCAAUCAAACACAAACUGCCUGCACGUACAGAGAUUAGCUGGAAACCAGAUGGCAAACUCUUGGCUCUUGGCAACGAAGAUGGGUCAAUUGAAAUAUUUCAGGCUCCAAGCUUGAAGUUGCUCUGCACUAUCCAGCAGCAUCAUAAACUGAUUAACGCUAUUCGAUGGCAUCACGAGCAUGGGAGCCAGCCAGAGCUGAGUUACUUGAUAGCUUCAGGCUCAGUCAAUGCCACUAUUUAUGUGCAUAAUCUGAAGAGUGUCGUAGAGAACACUUCAGAAAGUCCUUUGACAAUAACAGAACCUUUUCGAACUCUGUCGGGGCACACAGCUAAAAUCACAAGUCUUUCUUGGAGUCCCCACCAUGAGGGCAGAUUGGUAUCAGCUUGUUACGAUGGCACUGCGCAGGUAUGGGAUGUUAUGAAGGAAGAGCCACUCUGCAACUAUCGAGGGCACCAAGGCAGGCUACUGUGUGUGCAGUGGUCACCAGUGGAUUCGGAUUCUGUUUAUACUGGAGCUGAUGACUUUUACGUUCACAAGUGGUACAUCUCAAAGCAGGAACAUACACGGCCUCCUCAGGGCAAAAAAAGUAUAGAAUUAGAGAAGAAAAGAAGUAUCCAACCAAAAGUCAAAGCCAAGAAGAAGAAAAAGCCUAUAGGAAAGAGUCCCGCCAAACAGGAUCUAAGUGAUGCUGUGAAUGGAGAUGAGAGCAUGAAGGAUGUUUUGCUAGAGGAAAAUGGAGUGUCAGACCAUGAAGGAGAAAAAGAAGCUCGGGAGUCAGAGUUGCCUGAUAAAGUUUCCACAGCCGUGUCCAAGGAUACAUCUUCAUCUGCAUCUGAAUACCCUCCAUUCAGUUUGUCAAAGCCUUUUGUUACCCAGAAAGCCACUCCUGUGAAAAAAGAUCCACCUAAAGAGAAACCAACUUUUGAUGCCUCUCUGAAGAAGAAGAAACCUCGUUCUAUUCUACCCUUCACCACAUCCAUGGAUCACAGAUCAAAAGAUGAAUUGCAUCAGGACUGCUUGAGGCUGGCUACACGUCUGAAAACCAAAGAUCAUAAUGAAGAUGUGUCCCCUGACCUCGGGGAUCGUAUCCACCUGGGGCUGUUUGCAGACAGAGCUUCUCUGCACAACAUGAUUGAUGUGGAAGGAAAAUAUCACUUGGAGAAUGGGCAUCCCGAGCUCUUUCAGCAGCUCAUGUUGUGGAAAGGAGAUAUGAAGGGUGUCCUCCAGGCAGCUGCUGAGAGGGGAGAGCUGACAGACCAGCUGGUAGCAAUCUCGCCUAUGGUUGGAUAUCAGGCUUGGGUUUGGACAGUAGAAGCCUUUGCAAAGCAGCUGUGCUUUCAGGAGCAAUAUGUGAAAGCUGCCUCCCAUCUCCUGUCCAUCCAUAAAGUAUAUGAGGCUGUUGAGCUCCUGAAAGUGAAUCAUUUUUACAGGGAAGCAAUUGUAAUUGCUAAGGCCAGGUUGCGUCCAGAAGAUCCAAUUCUGAGGGAUCUCUACACAAGUUGGGCAGCUCUGUUAGAGAAAGAUGGUCAUUAUUCCAUGGCUGCCAAAUGUUAUUUGGGAGCUUCCUCACCCUAUGAUGCAGUUAAGGUGUUGGCAAAAAAGGGGGAUGUGACAUCCCUUAAAGCCGCUGCUGAGCUUGCUCUGAUAUCUGGAGAGGAGGAAUUGUCGGCAAGUUUGUCUUUCAGAUGUGCCCAAGAGCUGCUGUUAUCCAGAAACUGGGUUGGAGCUCAGGAGGUCCUUCAACAACAGAAAACGUUAUUUGGGCAAAGACUUGUUUUCUGCCUCAACGAACUGCUUUGCAAGUGCCUUAGUGAAAGAAAUCCCUGUAACCGAAAGAGCCCUGUGCCUCCCUGUUACCACAGCUGGGAGCUGAACAGAGACGCCUCAUUUUUUGACAUGGUGAUAGAAGUGUGGCAGAAGGUGUUGGGCAUGGACACUGCUGAAAAAGCCACGUGUGCACGGGAGCAGCUACGCAGCAUUGAGCAUCCUCCUUCUACCAGCAACACCCACCCAAAGCAGGUGCUUUUCCAUAUCUCCCACGACCUGACCCUUGCAGCACUGAGCUCUCAGGCUGCUGCUUGGGAUGAAGCAGUGAAAAGUAUUCUUGGUGCUGUGACCCGCAGUUACGAUGCUGGCAAUUUUACUUUGAUGCAAGAGAUUUGCAGUAUCUUCCUUCCUGACGGCUGUGAGAACCUGAGAGACAAACUGGACAGCACAAAUUCUCAAAGCAUGGCUGCUUGCAGAAGUUUAGAGGGCUUCGUGGCUUAUGGACUGCUGUAUGACCUGUGGUGGAACCCACCCAAAGAUUCCACCAUCUCGCAAAAGACUGGUUUGGAUCCUGUGCUGUGUCCCAGUGAGCAGACAGCUCUUGAGCAGAGUUCCAUUUCAGGUCACUCCUCUCCUGAAGAUACUCCUGAUCAAACUGCAACUAAGAUGGAUGAAAAUCUCAACAAUACAACUGAAUUUCAGAGAUUUGAGCCAGAAAGUGACUCGAGAACUAGCUCAGUAGAUUUGGUGGACAGACAGUCAAAACUGAAUGGCUGCAAAGUGCUUCUUUCAGAAGUGACUGCUGCUUUACAGAACACACAGAGAGAUAUAGCUGAGGUCCAGCAGAUUUUAGCAGACAUGAUACACCAGCAUCAGCAGCAGAGGAACAAUCUCCAGGAAAGCACAAACGGAGGUAUCCAGGAAGGCAACCUGCCGCAGAGUUCGGAGAAUGAAUCAGAUAAACCAAGCUCUGACAAGAGCCAGAUGAACUGUAAAGAUGAAGUAAAGGAAACAAUCACCCUCCCUGAGCUAACGAAGCGACUUCUGGAAGCAAAGCAGAAACUAGCAGAAUUUCCAGACAGUUUAAAGUUCUUUCCAUUCCCUGAUGUGCUGGAGUGCUGCCUUGUACUCCUUCACGUUGGAUCCCAGUGUCUUCCUGAAUUACGUGAACAGGCAUUGGAUCUCCUCAGGAAACACGGUACUGCUAACGUUUACGAGAAGGCUGGCAGGAAGUUCUUGACAUGACGUUUUGAGACCAGGCACAGCUCCUUAGAGCUGCCCUCAAUUGCUUAACACCAGUUAACAACGCCAAGGCUGUUCUUCCUUCAACCGAAGGUUUGUUUCUAUGGAUGUCGUUAUUGAUGACUACUAGUUUGGAUAAAACUACAAAAAAAUCAGGUUUAUAUACAGACACUCAUGGUCAUCAACUACUACUAAAGAGAUUGUUGUUAGAGAACUGAAAAGCAGUAGACUGUGGCCUUGAAACUGUAUACAGGAUUUUUGUAUUGUCUUUUUUUAUUUGUUGGAAGUUAAGCUAAGGAAAGCUCUUGGAAUUUAUGUUCAAGAGAAACAGUUUUGAGCAGCUAUAUCAGUCUUUCAGCAGAGGAAGAAUAGGAGCCACCCUCCGGAAAAAAUAAUGGUUCCUUUAAGUAGUCUGACCCUACAACCAGUAUUGUUCUUAAAAGCAUUGUGAAUUUAUUUUCCCUCCUCUAAAUAAAGUCUUCUACAAGCAGGAAUUGGCAUUUAAUUUGAUGAAUAUAAAUUAACGUCAAUCAAGGGUGAAUGCAUUAAAAACAAGUCUUUUUGUUGUUUUAAGUACAACAUAAAUUGAACAUGCUAGAUAGAGCAAGUAUUGUGUGCUAUGACUUAACUUGUAUACUUGGCUUCAUUCCACAAGGCUUAAAAGGGAAGGCAAGAGUUGUUACAGUUGAUUCCAGCAUAACUGGCGAGAGAUAAGGGACUUUUCCAGGUCAGGAAAAGCAGCAGUACCUGUUCCUGAUACUGUCCAUGGCUGAACUACUUUUUUUUUUUUUUUUAACUAUAGUAAGGGUGAAUGUGAGGUACUAGUAGGUUCUAUAAAGGUGCUGCAAUUUAAGCAUCUGAAGUGAUCCUAGAUUAUGGAGUCUUAAACAUUCAACACUUUGACCAGUCUUAGAGCUUACUUAAGGCUUUUCCCAUCUUAACAUACAAACUAAGUCUUCCUGAAAAAGCAAGCCUGUAAAAGCCUUAGUGAAUAUAGCAUCUUAGUAGUUUCUAGAAGCAACUUAAGUACAGCAGAAAAAAAUAAUGGGAUAGGAGGUCACAGAUUUAGAAAGUUGGUAAGUACAAAGAUUUCUCUUAAAAAAAAUAUUAAAAUCAACAACUGUUCUAGAUUCUUGUAAUCAGAACGCGGACUUGACACUGAUACAGUUCCUGCUUCAAGGCACGUACAGCAUCAAAACAGGUCAAAUAGCAGUAGAUAAAAGUAAGGGGUCAUACCAGAAGAUUAAUCCACCUGCAGAAUAAGCUGGUGAUUUGAAUUUGCUAAAUUCUGUACCAAGCACUUAAAAACCAGGAGGGGGAGCUACUGCUUAACCAAUCAGCUCUCCUAUUAAGCAAAACAACUAGUCAAGAUGAAGCAGUAAAAUUUGACACGAGCAAAAUGGAUUUGUCAUUUCAAGUGGCUACGCUACACUGAAAUAGUCCAUAAUACUGCUUCCUGUGCUGACAGAAGAGCAAAAAAUGAGUAUGAGUACAUUUAAACUCAAAAUUGUUGUGUAGUAGCUGACAAAAGUUAAAAGCCGAUUUUAUUAAGAACUACUGCAGUAGCACAUCAUAAAUAGUAAAAGAAGGAAGAAACUUGAGCAUCUUCCCUCUCUUGGAUGCAGGUAUCACUAAUUCAGGUUACAAAUCCUCAGUUCUGAGGAAUUUUAGUACUUGAUGGAAAAAUCCCAAACAAGGCCUGUUUUAAAAAAAUUUAUUUUACAAAAGUUAAAAACAAGUACUAUUUACAAGCAUUUUAAAUACCAGCUCUAAACCUUCACUCCUAAGUAAGAGUUAAGCUUGUUUAAAAUGCAUUUUACGUUUAUCAUGUCCAAAAGAUUU